CCUUUUCUCUCUUAUUUCCCUGCCUGUCGUCCCUUUUAUUUUCUUUAUUCGAUUCAUUACUAAAAAAAACAAAAAAGAAAAUUGAAUAAAUAAAUAAUAAACCUCUGCUUUGUCUGUCAUCAGUCUUUGGUCUUCCUCUUCCUCUCUCUGAAAUGGGUUUCGCUCACUUGCCAAAUCUGGAGUAACCCAGUUCAUUUUUCUCUGCUAUUUGAGUGAAAGACAGGAAAUUUUCACUUGUCACCUCCAUUAAUGCUUCCUUUUACGUAUUCUCAUGUCUUAUAUUUCAUCUUCUUUGCUCAUUUUGCUUUAGUUUUUUUGUGUGUGUCAAAUCUCGAAACUCUGUUCGAAUCUACCAACACCCAUUUGUUCAUUUACCGGGACCAGGUCUAGCACAUACAGAAAUUCAUUUCUCAGAAAUUUUCUUUACCCGCUCUUAGUCAUGAAAGGAGAGGCUUCAUGGAUCAGCCAUUGCUUUGAUGACAUGUCAGAAGACAUUGGUGACUUUGAGUCAUUCAUGAAACGGAAGGAUGAAAGUAAAAAAGAAACUGAUGUGGUUUCUGCAGACUUAAUCCUACCUGAUGACUUGCUGGAACGAAUCUUGGCUUAUCUCCCUAUUGCUAGCAUAUUCAAAGCUGGUUCUGUGUGUAGAAGAUGGCAUAAAAUUGUCAGUUCCAAAAGGUUCCUAUGGAACUUGUCAAAUGUCCUAUCACAAAAGCCUUGGUAUUUCAUGUUCAUGAGUUCCGAUGAACCCGUCGGUUAUGCCUAUGACCCGAUUCUCCGAAAGUGGUAUGGCAUCGAACUACCCUGCAUUCAGACUCCCAACUGGUUCAUUGCCUCGUCAUGUGGGUUGGUUUGUUUCAUGGACAACGAUAGUAGAAGUGAGUUGCAUAUCUGUAACCCUAUCACCAAACGUCGCAAGAAGCUCGAGGAGCCUCCAGGUGUGAAAUUCUCUGAUUACAGUGCACUGUCAAUCUCAGUGGACCGGACAUCACACAAUUACACUGUAUCCAUUGUGAAGUCUAAACAAGUUCCUGGAAAUUUUUUCCAAUGGGACCUUUCGAUUCAUAUUUAUGAUUCGGAAACAAUGAUGUGGGUAACCUCCUUGACUGAGGUUCUGACAGGUUGGAGGGGCGGAGAUGAAAGUGUAAUCUGUGAUGGGGUGUUAUAUUUUCUGAUUUACUCAACUGGGGGUGGCACACCUGGGAAUCGUCAUGCUCUAGUUACAUACAAUCUCACCAGCCGAUCUUCCCCACUGCUACAGAGUUUUAUUCUAGUACCAGGCCCUCUUACCUGUGGUCGACUGAUGAACCUAAAGGAAAAGCUAGUCAUGGUGGGAGGGAUCGGGAAGCAAGACCGGCCCGAUAUAAUCAAGGGAAUAGGUAUCUGGUUUUUGGAUGGUAAGAAUUGGGUUGAGGUUGCUCGUAUGCCCAAUAAGUUCUUCCAAGGAUUCGGUGAGUUGGACGAUGUUUUCGCUAGUAGCGGUACUGAUAAUCUCAUAUACAUCCAAAGUUAUGGUGCUCCGGCUCUUCUUGUUUUCGACAUGAACCGGAAACUCUGGAAAUGGUCAACCAAGUGUCCUGUAUCGAAGAAAUUUCCGCUCCAGCUGUUCACCGGUUUUUGCUUUGAACCGAGACUCGAAAUUGCUCCUUAGUUUAUCUCUGGGAAUGGUAAAAGUUGCUUAUAUCUUUAUGAAAAUGGAAACUGUUGGUAAUUGUUCUCCAUUAGCAUAUACUGCACAUACACACACACAAGUUCCAAAUUUUCUUAAUCGCAGAGUAUUUAUUUAAGCUUUCAUUUGGCACC